ACAGCUGCAGAGAUGGCCGGGAGCUUCUUCAAAGGACCUUUCCUCUCCUUGCUUGACUACAAAACGGAAAAAUACAUUGUUGCCAAAAAUAAGAAAGUUGGGACUUUGUACAGACUUAUUCAGUUAUCCAUCAUCGGUUACAUUAUAGGGUGGGUUUUCUUAAGCAAGAAAGGCUACCAGGAGACAGACGAGGCCAUACAGAGCUCUGUCAUAACUAAACUGAAGGGGGUCUCAGUGACUAACACCUCCGAGUCUGGUCUGAUGGUGUGGGGACCGGAGGACUAUGUCAUCCCACCACAGGGUGAAGCUGUUCUAUUUGUUGUGACCAAUUUCUUAGAGACGCCAAACCAGAAGCUGGGACACUGUGCUGAGAGUCCCAAAGUGCUGGAUGGCCACUGUCGAGGCGAUGAGGACUGUGGAGAGGGGAAGAUGAUAGUGGCUGGUAACGGAAUUACGAGUGGCCGAUGCUUAAGAAAAGAUGAAAACUCCACUGGUACCUGUGAAAUCUACAGCUGGUGUCCCAUUGAGAGAAAAUUCAAACCAAAAGGGCCUCUGCUGAAGAAUGCUGAAAACUUCACCAUCUACAUAAAGAAUUUCAUUCAAUUUCCCAAAUUCACAUUUACCAAGUCCAAUGUUCUUGAGACAACUGAUGACUCAUAUUUGAAGAAAUGCCGAUAUGACGAGGACCUCCAUCCGUACUGCCCUAUCUUUCGCCUGGGAGACAUCACCCAGCGAGCCGGACACAACUUUGCGGACAUAGCCACAUUUGGUGGCUCUAUUGGCAUAAUGAUACAUUGGGACUGUGACCUUGACAAAGGCUACUCUAACUGCCAUCCACAGUACUACUUCAAUCGCCUGGACAUCAGUGUCUCCAACACGACCAUCGCAACAGGAUUUAACUUUAGACACACUCGGUAUUUUAAAGAUGCUGCCAAUGUGACCUUUCGAUCUUUGUUCAAAGUGUACGGUGUCCAAUUUAACAUUAUGGUGCAUGGAAAGAUCUGCUCUCGUUCACAGGCCGGGAAGUUCAGCAUCAUCCCAACAGCCAUCAAUGUUGGUUCAGGACUGGCUUUGAUGGGUGCCGGAGCUUUCUUCUGUGACAUGGUCCUUCUCUACCUAAUGAAGAACGGCGACUCUUACCGAGAACGGAAGUUUGAAGGAUCCAGGUACGAUAAGCAACACAGAAUAACAGAUGCAGAAUUUUCUUUUUUCUUUUUCUAUAUAAUUAAGCUUCAUACAAAACAAGCUAUUUCAUGCGUUUAUAUACAUUUAUAAAUCUACCAGAUGACAUAUUGUGAUGAAACUGGUUAUCCGUCUUUUCACUGAAAUAUUAUGCAAAUGUCUGUAUUAUAAAUGUACUAACCCUAAUUUCCUCGACAGAUUCGAGAAGAGACCUGUUGCUUUAUGAAAAAAAUUAUAUUUACCAUUUUUACACUGCAUUAUCUUUCAUUGAUGUUCAGCUGUGGUGUGUUUUAGAAGAAUAUUAACUGUGAGCAAAGGUAUUUUAUUUUACCCAGGUCCAGAAGGUAGAAAGUGCUUUUUGCAGACCUGAGUAGUGUCUGCAAUCUCCCUCUCAGGAUGAAUGGGACUCAAACAUCCUCCAACAGGAGGAUAAGAAAAACUCUGUGUAGCCUGAGAUGCAAAACAUGGGACAAAAAAGUUUUCAAAGCACCUGCUUCUGCUCCUAAAGCCUAAAUGCUGUGAGUGCAUGCUAGUAGUUAAAGGCGACUCAGUUCAGCGUCUCAACAUUUUUACCACCUUGUCUGUACUGUCAUCAUCAUUUGGCUGCUGGCCAGUCAGACGGCACUGUCUAGAGAGAUUUCAGUGAGUAAAUCACACUGAAACUGCAAAAGUUGGGGAAAUCAGUGGAAAUAAUGUCAUUGUGGUUAUGGAUAAGACCUUAAGACAGCCCAGAUUUAAUCAUUUUAUAGCACUGCGAUUACAAAUUGAUAACAAUAUACAAAAAAUUGUAUAUUGUAAUUGGCUGAUUAAUAUGUGAGAUGUUGAAGGAAAUAUAAAAAAAAAGCAAUUCUAUAUGCACACACAUCCUCACAUAAUGUAACGGCCAUAAUAUAAGAAAAUUAAUGAACACUAUUUUCUAAAUCUGGACAGUGUGGAAAUAAGAUAUUUGACUCAUUUAAUUUCUGUUAUAAUAAACUGGAUAAUAUGUAGAAUAACAAAUGUAGAAUUUUAACUACUCUUGUAUUAUUCCGGUAUGAAAAAUCGCUUAUCUGCGAAAAGCGUCAAAUUUUUCUUACAUAUUUGCCACCACAAUCUGUCCACAGAAGUAAGAAAUCAACAUUUGAAGACAACAGUGUGGAGGACAGAAAGGCUGCCUCGGA